GGUGGUGAUGAUGUCAAGGGUGGUGAUGAUGUAAAGGGUGGGGAUGUUGUAAAGGGUCGUGAUGAUGUCAAGGGUGGUGGUGGUGUAAAGGGUGGUGAUGUUGUAAAGGGUGGUGAUGAUGGUGGUGAUGAUGUCAAGGGUGGUGAUGAUGUAAAGGUUCGUGAUGAUGUAAAAGGUGGUGAUGAUGUAAAGGUUCGUUAUGAUGUAAAGGGUGGUGAUGAUGUAAAGGGUCGUGAUGAUGUAAAGGGGGAUGGUGAUGUAAAGGGUCGUGAUGAUGUCAAGGGGGGGUGNGCUGGUGAUGACGUCAAGGGUGGUGAUGAUGUAAAGGGUGGUGAUGAUGUAAAGGGUGGUGAUGAUGUAAAGGGUGGUGAUGAUGUAAAGGGUCGCGAGGAUGUAAAGGGUGGUGAUAAUGUAAAGGAUGGUGAUAAUGUAAAGGGUGGUGAUGAUGUAAAGGGUCGCGAGGAUGUAAAGGGUGGUGAUGAUGUAAAGGGGGGUGAUGAUGUAAAGGGGGGUGAUGAUGUAAAGGGUCGCGAGGAUGUAAAGGGUGGUGAUAAUGAAAAGGAUGGUGAUAAUGUAAAGGGUGGUGAUGAUGUAAAGGGUCGCGAUGAUGUAAAGGGUGGUGAUAAUGUAAAGGAUUGUGAUAAUGUAAAGGGUGGUGAUGAUGUAAAGGGUCGUGAUGAUGGAAAGGGUGUUGAUGCUGUAAAGGGUGGUGAUGAUGUAAAGGGAGGUGAUGAUGUAAAGAGCGGGGAUGAUGUAAAGGGUGUUGAUGCUGUAAAGGAUGGUGAUGAU